AACUAGGAAAAAAAUGGAGAUCAGUCGUCUUUUGAGUGACCCCUCCGAGGAAGAGGAACCUAUCAGUAAACAGCUGACAAUACUCAUUGAACGUCGUAAAACUGAGGAGAAGAGGAAAGCCCUUGGUCAUUGGGAUAUACUGCGGAAGUCCAUCAGAAAGACAAUUGAUGCCGUAAAGGAGUCAGACUUGAAGAACAAAGUUGUGUCUCAUGGAAUUCAUCACCUGCGCAAACUCAAUCAUGACCACUCUAUAAAAUCAGUAGACUUUAUGAAGGAUAGAAAAGAAUACUUGACAACAGAUGGAGGGAAUGUAACCAUUUUUUUGGAGGAUGGUCGCAAAAAAGCUACAUACAUUCCAGAGGAAACGAUGGACACAAUUAUUUAUUGUUCACACUCUGACCAGUUUGUAGGAUUCACCAAAGGAGAUGAUGAACUCUUUUUGAUGAAUAAAGAAUUUGAAAUCAUCUCUCAAGCAAGAAAUCCAUGCAAAAUAAAUUUAGCCAAGUAUAACCAUAACACAACAGAGUUUGUAACAUUUGGACCAGGGUAUUUUGUGUGUUGGGCUUUCCGCUAUGGUGCAAGACAUCUGAUUCCUCGAAAGAUGAACAAAAUAGUAUUCACAGCAGACAAUGCUUUCUCUCAUCUUGUUUUGGAAGAAACUGCGAGCCGUCAGCAACGUUGCUACCUGUCUCAUGGCAAAGAUGUUGUGGUUUACAAUGUAUUUGGGGGAAAUCAACUCACAAUGAAAAAAGACCUCCAUGAGCGCAUGAUAACUGGAAUGACAUUUUUUAAUCCGCUGAAAUACCUAAUUACUGGUGCUAAAGAUGGAUCAAUCAAAGUGUGGGACAAUGAGUGGUACCUAAAGAUGGUGUUUGUGGGCCACACCAGAGCCAUUUCGGUUUUGUGUGUGUAUCCAGAUGGCCCAGCUGUUAUUUCAGCCAGUCAUGAUUGUACUGUUAGAGUCUGGAACCUGGAUUCUUGUGAUGAAGUGGACAGAGCUAAGUUAGAUGCACCAGCCAUUGGAAUGGCCACAGAGCUGAAUUAUUUUGUGUUCUUCACUUACUCUUGGAAAACAGUAGACCUAUGGAGAAUCCAGCACCUGUUCAGCAUUCAUACUUCAAUUGGACAAAGAGUGGUAGCCAUAAAACAGACAAGUCACCCCCACCAUCCGAUCCGCUCCCUUGUGGUGAGCAGGGACAGUAGUGUCCGUCUCAUCACCCCUCCCAAUGGGGAGGUCCUCACCACCCUACUGCUGGACCCAGCAAAGGGGAUCAUAGAUGCAGCAUAUGCAAUCAAUGAAGAGAAAUUAUUUGUCGUUCUGAACAAUGGAGAUAUCUUAAAGUGCUGUACAAAAAUCAAUCCUGUCAGAAUUGAGAAAACCUGGAAAAUUCAGAACCCUAGGGAGGCUUGUAACUAUCUUCUGGUGUAUGAGUAUGUCCCAGACUUCAAGGCUGAUGCCUGGGCAGCAUUCAAACGAGGGUUAGCAACAAACACGAUAGGUGACAAUAGUUCCCAGACCAGCCGGGCCAAAACCAUUCUCCUGGGUGGAAGGAAAGACGGUCACAUCUGUGUGUUUGAUUGGGAUGACGGAAAAGUUAUUUUUAGCAUUGAUGCUCAUGGAGUAAAGGGAGUGUUAAGCAUGAAAGCUAAUUCCAAACAAGAUCAACUAAUAUCUGCUGGCAAAGAUAACAUUAUAAAGGUAUGGCGUCUGUACCCUUUCGCUGAGGAAGCACUGGCUCCCUUGAUGUCGUUUUAUUGCGCUCACACCCCUGUUCACAUGACCAUGUUGAAGACAAAUCUGUGUGUAGCAUUCCAGGAUCAUGCCACAGCUACAUAUAAUAUUGUCAUUUACAAUCUCAAGGACAGAAUGUUUGGGGGAGGAAUGGACAGCAAAAAAAGUUUAGAAAUUCAUUCCAACCGCUAUGACCACCAGCCAGAUGAUGACCACACAGACACAAUCACAGGACUGACCAGCUGCCAGAGAAUGAAGCUGUACGCCUCGUCCAGUCUGGACGGCACAAUCCGAAUCUGGGACGAAACCAAUAACCUGAUCAGACUGCUGAAGUUGAAGACCAUGCCAUACAGUGUGGGAUUUUGUAGUGAACGGGGGGAUCUUCUAGUCGGGAUUAGUCAUCAUCUGUACAGAAUCCCAUAUACUGCAUAUUUGCCCAAGUCAUACAUAUUUAAGAUGGUGUCCAUGAGAUUUGCUGACCCUAAGCCUGAGGCACCGUUUACUCUAGAUGAAGACCAAGUCAACAAACUUUCAAAGAGGGAAUAUACACGCCUGAAAAAGUCACAUUCCUCCUUCAAAUACAAUCAGUUUGAGGACAUUCUUACAAAAGAGGAGGAGGAGGAAGUGAGGAGGGAGCAGAGGAUUAAGGAGGAGGCCUUCUCCAAACUGAGGGCCAGGGAGGAGGAGCUAGAGAGGAUCAAGGACAGCCUCAUCAAGGCAGAGAGGACCAAGGCCAUGGAGAAGAAAAAGAAGGAAAAGAAAGAUGUUCACAUCAGUAGUGAAGCCUUCAUCAAUUACUUCAAGAUGUACUAUAGCAAAGAAAGGCCACAGCUUCCACCUGAAAAUCCCUAUGCUUUGGAGGACUUUUUGAGAAGAGGUGAAUUUGAAGAAGAGGAGUACCCAUGGAUACCAGAAAAGGAACCAACAGGGUUUUUCCCCCCUAUCAACAAAGCCUCAAGGCCUGCCACUGCUGCAGAGGAACCCCUCAUGCCUGCAUACCAGAGCGCCACAUCAAGUGGUUACGUGCCAAACUCGGUUUUGGUCAAAAUUCUAUGGCCUCCUCCUCCUCCGAAGCCAGAAAAAUCUCAAGAUUCCUGGCGUCCACCAUCUUUGUCUCAAGGUCAAAUGGAUGAAAUAGAAAAAGAAAAGGAGCCAGUUGAAGAAGAAAAAGAGUUGACAGUUGAUGAUCUGGUCCCAGAGGAGGUAGUGGAUCAGGACCGAACACUUAUCAUUGAUGACUGGGAAGAUGAAAAAUCUGCUCCGCAGAGUCCAGUGCCUUCUAGUGGUACCAGGACCCCUGUUUAUACCCCACCCAGGAAGGAGGUCACAUUUAGCAGACAGCCAACAGUCCAUGUGAUAGAGACCCCUCCCAAAACUCCCACCCCUCCAGCCUCUUCCAGACAAAGUUCACUGAUGUCCAAGUUCAACGAAAUGCUGACCAAGAAAGAAGAAGAAAAGGAGGAUGAUGAAUCCACAGUGACCAUGACACCCCGAUCGCCAGUAGAAACAGAGCCUUCAGGCACUGCAUUCAAAUCACCAAUGAAAUCUACACUUUCCGAUAAACCUCCUAGUGAACCUAAACCCCCCUCAGCCCCUCCACCUAGGAGGGAAGUUAAACCCCUGAAACCUCUUGUAAAAUACACCAAACCAGCACCCCCUUCAGAACCCUUGCCACCAAAGCCCAGACCUGUGGCACCACCUCAGAGAGAACCGACACCACCCCGUCCAGAGACACCACUUCCUGGUUUUGUUACACAGUUCAAGGGUGCGGAGUGGUUUGAAAAAUUCUUUCCAGAUGCUGGCGAAACGAAUAUUCCCAAGCCCUGGACAGCUGAUAACUUCAUGAUGACUUUGAGUCGACUUCUGCGUAUUGCCGAGUACAUGCACAAAAUUGCAGUCACAGAUGCAAUGGCCAUGCUAUACACCCAAGAAGACAUAGGAGAUGGGACCAUUCACUCUGUUUCCAAAAACCUCAUUGCAGUGUUAAACCAUCACAAAGAACCACCAACAUGUUUGGUGGAAGAGCAGAAGAAUUUUAUAAUCUCAGCUCUUAGGGCCAUGAGCAAGUUUGGAGUCAAGGACAAAGAGUUUGUCUCUGAGUUAAUGGUACAGUUCCUGGAUGGAGAUAAAGAAGUUAGGAUGACAGUACUGGAUCUUUUGUCUUCCAUUGGACAUCAAGAUCCACAGAAGUUUUUCUCUAAGGAGAUGGAUUCCUGGGAUAUCUGGAAUGUGGAUGAAGAAGACAGGAAAGGUGACCUGAGGAAGAUGUCUCAGCAAUGGCUGGAUAGGUGGAUGACUUCAUACAAACUUCAUCUAACAGACACCAUUGAGAGAAUGAACAAAGGGCAGAAUAUUCAAGGGAGGAUGAGAGGUGGUGGGAAAAGCCGGGGAACUCCGCCCCCUUCCAGCAGGAGCAUCCUGAAAAAACCAGCCAUUGGUGGAGGGGAUAUGAUACCUGAGGAUCAGGAGACAGUCACAACACUUCCGGAGGAACGCACAUCUAGAAGUAGAAGCAUCACAGUCACAUUUGAUAAACCACCUGAUCCUGCACUCAUCGAUUCUGCCACUUACAUUGAUGCAAUUAAUUAUUUCUGUGAUAUGAUGAUGGAAAAAGCACUGGAUUCACUGAAGCGUGGAGGCAGGAAACCACCCGGAUCCAAAGAAAAUGUGGUGCAGGCUAAAAACACUGUGCUUGUGCUGCCCAAAAUACCACACAAACCAGCCCUUGUUCGUCUGGGUGAAACCCACACAAGUACAUGCAGACCUGAGAGGGAGACUAAUUUACAUGUUGAUUACCGUUAUCCAGCUACCACAGCUCGAGGAAACCAGCCGGCACCAGGGGACAUUUCUCACUUUACCCCAAGCAUAAACCUCCCAAUGAAGACCUUGUAUAUAAAUCCAUUUCCUAGUGCUAUUGAUGCUCUGAUGCCAAGCUACCAGGAGCCUAUUCUAAUAACUCUGAAAUCAUCACAGAAGUACUUUAUCCAUAACCAGUCUUAUCUUCAAACAGAACCGGCUGUAGCACCAGCUCACUGAAAAGGAAAAAAAAUAAUAAAAGAUUGCACCAGUAGCUGCCUGCAGCUCAUCACAAAGUAUAGAUAAAUAGAACUUUAAAAAAAAAAAAAUAGAAAUGCAUGAUCAUGCACUUCAUUUCAAUUCUCUGUAAAUUUAUACAUGUACAUGUAUAUACAUGUAUCUAUGCAUGUAGCAACUUAAUAAUGCAGACAUGCAUAUUUCUCAAGCAUGCUUUGUUUAUAUUUGUUUAAUUAUGACAAUUUUUAUCUUAAAAUUUUUAUAGGUAGAUAAAAGGUUCAACUGCAAUAGUGUGUUUGAAUACAUAUUUUGAUUGUGAUUGUCUAUGUA